AUGCUGUCGACCCUUGUCUUCGCGCUUGCUCUGGGCAAGGUAUGCCUCGCGCAUGGAGACCAUGGAGACCACGGCCAGAAGCCCGUCGUUGACGAGAAUGCAAGCUGGAUGACCAAACACAUGGCUGAGGAACACCAUGCCGACACCUUCGAUGCCGGCUCCUUCUUUGCCCUGCACGACUACAACAGCGACGGCCAGUGGGAGCCCGACGAGAUCCUGAGAACCUACGGUCUCUUUGACGAGUCGAACAAACACGUCACCGAAGAUCGCAAGAAGGAAAUCGUCCGCGAGGUGCUGCGCCUGGCUGACAACAACAAGGACGCCGUCAUCAGCAAGGACGAGUUCGACAUCUUUAUGCUCGAGGGUGGCACGCUGCCCGACCUUGGCACCGGGCCCGGCCACCACGGCGACGACGAAUAUGAGUACGAGAUCCACCACUGGGAGCUCUACCACGACGAGAACACCAAGCUCGAGGACCUGACCCACCCCGAGGACAUCGAACACUUCAAGAAGCACGAGGAGAUGGAGGACGAGCAGGACCGCAUCGAAGAGCUCAAGCACCGCCAGAUCGUCGAGGAGAACAUCCCAAACAAGUUCAGGAGAUCAAUCUGA